CACUACUCCGUAAACGUUCAUUUCAGCGAGCACGCAGCGAGGAUUGUCGUGUUUUUUAUGUGGUUCUUAUCCCAAUAAGUCUCUCGAAACCUUUCGAGAACUGUUAUUAGGGUCAUCAAGAUGGAUUAACCCCAGUAUUUCUUUCCAACGUAACCGUAAAGUUGUUGAUCAUUCGCGUGAGUUUCAUCUCCGACGUGCGGUUUUGUAUUUCGAAAAAUGUCCGGGGUUAUUGGGAAUAUGCAAGCAGACAGUGUAAGAUCACGAUCUUACGAAUCCAUCAACACAAAGGCACGCAUGGAAACCACUUUUGGAACAUCUGCUUUUUCUCCUGUGACAACAAUAACACGAGUUGAUAGUGAACGUGAUGCUUCCCUUAAGAGGAAUUCUGCUAGUAUGACAUGUGUCUCCUCAAGUAAUAGCACAAGCUUAGGUAGAGAAUGCGACAUAAAUGGUGCAGUUGGUUCAGAUCAGGGAAGUUUUGAUGCAGUGUGCUUUAAACGCCAUCACAGAACAUCAUCAACAAUAUCCGCUCGCUCUCAUCAUUCCAUUUCAAGUUGUACAGAGGAAGAUGAAGAGGCAGUUGUGUUGUUUGUGGAUGAACCAUCAUCAAAGCUGUUCUGCAUAUUGUGUCAACGAGUGUUUAAAGAUCCUGUUAUUACAUCAUGUGGGCACACCUUUUGUCGAACUUGUGUUCUUUCAAGAGCAUCAGAAAAGUGCCCGGUUGAUGACAACAAACUCUCAAUAGUUGUUGUUAACCUUGCAGUGUCUGAGCAGAUUGGUGAAUUGUACAUCCAUUGUAAAUAUGGCUGUAAGCUUAAGUCAACAGGAUCCCCAACAGAUUAUGAAGUAAAUCCUUCUGGGUGCCCUGUGACAGUCAAACUCUCUAACAGACAUGAACAUGAGAGGAUCUGUCAGUAUGCUCCAACUCAGUGUCCAAACAGUUUGCAAUGUCCUACUUUGCUCAAAAUGGAUCUUGAAGAUCAUUUACAAGUUUGUGAACACAUGAGAUGUCCACACCAAAAAUAUGGAUGUCACAUGGAGGGCAAUCAUAAAGAGGUUCGACUUCAUCUUGAGACAUGCAAGUUUGAAGCUGUCAAGGAAUUUCUGCAACAUACUGACAAGAGAAUGGAAGAACUCAAAACAACACUGAAAGAUAAAGAUCAGGAAAUUGUCUUUCUCAAAGCCAUGAUUCUGAAGUUGACAGAACGAGUUGAUAGAAUGGAAAAAACUGUCGACAUCAGAAUAGAUCUUUUGGAUGAGAGCCAAACAAAGCUGUCCUCAGAUUUACUGGAUUCAAGGCAAAGCAUUUCACAAAUCCAGACUGACUUGGCAAAUGUAGAGGCGAGGCUGUGGGGUGUUGGAACGUUCGAUAUCCAGCCGUUAUUCAAGUGCAAAGGAACUUUUGUUGGUCACCAGGGUCCCGUGUGGACAUUGUGUACCCAUGGUGAAUGGCUUUUCAGUGGCUCAUCGGACAAGACCAUUAAGGUGUGGGACACAUUGACAACCUACAAAUGCGUGAAGACGCUAGAGGGACACAGUGGAAUCGUGCUGGCUUUGUGUACACACGACAAAAAGCUCUACAGUGGAUCAGCAGACUGCACUAUAAACGUUUGGUGCCUGGAGGCUCUUGAACUGCUUGACUCUAUUCGUGGUCACGAAAACCCGGUCUGUACGUUGGUAACAAAGAGGAACAUGCUGUUCAGCGGAUCGCUCAAGAAAAUCAAGGUGUGGAAUCUCCAGACCAUGGAGCUCAUACAGGAAUUGACAGGCCUCAAUCACUGGGUGCGCGCGUUAGUUGCCUCAGAAAGGCACCUCUUUAGUGGGUCCUAUCAGACUAUUAAGUUAUGGGACCUAGACACUCUAGAGUGUGUUCGAGUUCUUCAGACAUCUGGAGGCAGUGUAUACUCCUUGGCGGUCACCAAGGAGUACAUCGUGUGUGGAACAUACGAGAACCAAGUUCAGGUGUAUGAUGUCAACACACACAAACAUUUGGAGACGCUCAAUGGUCACGUGGGUACUGUAUAUGGUCUCGCUGUGCUGAGUGCUCCAGGACAGACCCGUUUAUUCAGUGCUUCUUAUGACAGAUCACUCAGGGUCUGGAAUUUGGAGAGCUUCACUUGUGUCCAGACUCUACUCCGCCAUCAAGGGAGCGUGGCCGCUCUGGCUGUCACAAAAGGAAGAAUAUUUUCUGGAGCUGUGGACAGUACAGUGAAAGUUUGGCAGUGAAGUGAAAUUGAAGCUAUUUGACCAAGCGAAAUUCAAGGCUCCCCAGGCUGUCAUGAGUUGUUGGCGUGGGUUUUGCCUUCGGUGAACAUUCUUCUAAGACGACUUCAAAGAGGACCAAUGAGAUAUACCUCUGAAAAUGUGAACAUGGAGGUGUACUAGUGGCUGGCAAUAAGACAAAGUGUGAAUAUUACUGUCGUUGAAAGCUUUUUCUAUGCUAGAGACAAAAUGAAAAAGACGAAUUACUCAACCUAAGUUGACGAUCACGUUCCUCACAAAGUGGAUUGUAAUCAUAACAGACAUCAGGAUACUGGAAUUUCUAACGCAUGUGUGGAAUGUGAAGCCCCAGCCAAACGAUCGCAACAUUUAAACGCAACACAUCGAAACAUUGUUGGGCGAAACAUGUUGCACGUGUUUGGCCACCCUGUUGGGACGUGUUGCGCCAUGUUGGGUAUUGAAAAUUGAACUAGUGCGCAUGCC